AUGCUCAUCAGGUUUUUGAGAUCUUUGAAACCACGAUAUCGACCAAGAAUGUGUAGUAGAAAUCUUUCAAAGGUACCAUCAUCAAGCGAAUGCAAUACAUCAGAGAAUGGUUCUGAAGCCUCGAGUACCUUCGAUGACCAUUUACAAAAAGAGCUAGAGCAUUUCAAGCAAGUUCAAGAAGCAAGAGCAAAGAGGCAGAAGAAUAAGAAACCCGGAAGGACAACAGAGCUCCGCGAUGAAGCCGGAUUCAAGUUGAGAUUAGCAGAUACGAAUCAAAAGAGACAUAAACAAGCUGAUCCAGAGUAUGAAGUUAUUAUUGAUGGGCCAUUAAGGAAGCUUGCUCCAUACUAUUAUACUUAUAUGACGUUUUGCAAAUUGAGAUGGAGAGACAGAAAUCUAUUGGAAGUUUUCGAGAGCGAAUUCAGAGACAGAGAAAAAAGCUAUUACAAAAAGACAAUUGCCAGUGGCUCUGUUCUUCUAAAUGGCGAGCCAGCUAAUCUUGACAGUAUCAUACGAAAUGGGGACCUCAUUACGCACAAGAUACAUCGCCAUGAACCGCCAGUGACGUCGAAGCCCAUUGGAACGGUUUACGAAGAUGAUGAUAUCCUCGUUAUUGAUAAACCAUCAGGUAUUCCAGUGCAUCCCACUGGUCGCUAUCGCUUCAAUACUAUAACCAAGAUACUGGAAAAACAGUGGGGCAAAGCUGUGCAUCCUAUCAAUCGACUAGAUCGUUUGACGAGUGGUCUGAUGUUCAUUGCCAAGACACCAAAAGGAGCAGAUGAGAUGUCUGAUCAAAUGAAAGCCAGAGAAGUCUCGAAAGAGUAUGUCGCUAGGGUUGUGGGCGAGUUUCCCGUCGGGGAGCUUUGCGUGGAAGAACCGCUGAGAUCAGUUGAACCCAGAUUGGGACUCAACGCCGUUUGCAGAAUGGAGGAGGAGGGAGCAAAACAUGCCAAGACUAUUUUCAAUAGAGUGAGUUUUGAUGGGCAAACAAGUAUCGUUAAGUGUCGCCCUCUCACGGGUCGGACCCAUCAAAUUCGUGUCCAUUUACAAUUCUUAGGUCACCCGAUAGCAAACGAUCCUAUAUAUUCGAAUGUCAAGGUCUGGGGUCCCAGUUUGGGUAAGGGCUACAUCACUGAUUUCAAGGACAUCAUAACCGAGCUUCAUGAGUACGGACGGACUAAGUGUGCCGAGAGUUGGUAUGAACCUAAUGCCCAAGGUGAAGCUCUACUUGAAGAAAAAUGCCCAGUUUGCGAAACUGACUUGUACAGCGAUCCUGGGCCAAAUGAUCUUGACCUUUGGCUACACGCCUACCGGUACGAAUCACUGGAGGUUGACCCAGCUACCAACAAAAAAAAUAGGAGUUAUCGUACACAGCUGCCUUUAUGGGCUCUAGAGCCGCAUAGAAAAUACAUGGAACUAGCAUUGAAAGAAGCAGCUAAAUGUGGUCCAACCACAACUGCCUUCAGUGUCGGCGCAGUGCUAGUAAAUGGAAGCGAAACACUCUCCACUGGAUAUUCAAGGGAAUUAAUAGGUAAUACGCACGCUGAGCAGUGUGCAUUGGAGAAAUAUUUCACUCAAGUUGGUGCUAGAGAAGUGCCGGAAGGUACCGUUCUGUACACUACCAUGGAACCCUGCUCUUUCAGGUUGAGUGGCAACGAGCCUUGCGUCCAUAGGAUACUGGCGCAAAACGGUAACAUCAAAAACGUUUUUGUUGGAGUCAUUGAGCCAGACACAUUUGUUAAGAACAAUACAAGUUACGAUAUCUUACUCGGCCAAGGAAUAGAUUACAUUCAAAUUCCAGGCUACGAAGAAAUCUGCAAAAAGCUUGCAUUUAAAGGACAUGAAAGUGCACACUAA